UGAAGUAAAGCAAUGACUGUUUGAAUCAUUUCCUUUGCCUAAAAGCUGACAGUGACACUCGAUAGGUUGAGGAAGUUUAUGUCCGAAAUAGCAAGGCAGCUAUAUUUAAUUACAGGCGGCUAUUACUUGACAACACGGGCAGUGUAUUAUCUUUACACUGAUUGGUGUGAGUGACGAAUAAAGCCAGUAGAAGUCAAUCUUCCUCUCAGGCAAAAUACAUCAAGUAAGUAAUAGUUGUCACUCGAUUAUGGGAAACUGAUCCAGUGGUGAAAAGGCUAUACGAACGACCACGCACUUUGCACGUUUUGGUCUUCCAUCGGACUUCUUUGCACUGACUCCGGGUAAAGUUUCACAAGACUAGCUUGCAGUCAGUGCACGCGGCAAGGCAAUGGCCACGGCGUCUGAAUCGCCGCCUGAUGAUGGCCCACUCCGAGCUGAGCCAGCAAGCCAGGAGCCUACGUUCGGACGACCAUCGCUGCAUGUUACCGAUGGCUCAAUGCACGGAAAAGAGUCGUCUCCGUUCGGUGACUCCUUUCGUAGGCUAGCGACCGGUUCGGCCAAGUUCAUUCAGGAACUACGCGAGGUCAACCAUUGGCUCACCAACUGGAACCAUAGCGAGAGAUGUGCUCUGCUAAAGCAGCUACUGAAGCACAUGUCCUCGGAGCAGCGGCGAUCCUUGGCCAUGCUGCUGUAUCCGCUACACAUGAAGGACAUGUUGAUAAUGGCUGAGCGUGCCUAUCCCGGCAGUCGCUUCAUGCCCGUCUACCUUCCGGAGCGUGGGCAGAAGCAGGCGGAGGAAAUGACCAAGUACAAUGCUGCAUACAGAGCAUGGCUCAUCAGACAGCCAAAAAUAUGCAGAGAGGCAGUGUCGGGAGUGAAGAGUAUUGACAAGGAUCCGAGACUGACAAGCGCUCAGCGAGAGAGAAGGAGGGCAAUGCUGAAGAAAUCCCUCUCAACUCGUCCGUACCAUCCCCAGCACGAGGACAUGGCCUAUCUAAGCACUGAGGCAGACGUCGAGGAGCACCAUAAGCUGUACGCUGCAUCCCACACCGAGGACGAGAAGCUGACACUGGAGUUGAAAUGGUGGCAAUCACGCUUCACCGACGACACAAGCAUUGAGCGGCGCACACUGCGCCUUGUUCUGCCAGACACCUUCGACACGGGACUUCCGGGUGUGGAUCGUCGUUGUCUUCUUCAGUUCACUGAGGAUAAGCUGAAGAUGAUGAGCUUGCACCAAGGCAGUCGUGCUGAUCAUGUUACAAAGCCUAAACUGCUCACCACAUCCUCCAUGAAUAGAAGGAAAACUGGCCAACAGCAGCAGCUGCCCAGUCUUCCCUCUAACACACCUAAAAUUCGGAAGACACCUUCUAGCCCACCUCCAUUUCUGCCAUGCCCAAUGCCGGUGAAGAAAGCAACAACACCUAGAGCAAUUGCAGCACAGGCAACAGGUACUCCCCACAGCACACACAGCGCAACAACAACACCAAGACAAACACCAAGGCGAGCGGCAAGCCAAAGAUGGGGCAAUCUUGAAGCGUCCUCGACCUCACCUUGCCCUCGCCAUUUCAGUCCAAGUGUGCGCCUGACACCCGUCAGAGUGAUGGCAGCAAGUGCCAGAUCGAAUAACUCGAAAUGUCGGCAAAGCGAUUGGGUAAGUGAAAGUGACAGUGAGAGUGCCAGCAGUGACUGCGAUGAUAGUGAUACAGAACGAGCAGAGGAAGACAAGGCGGAUGGCUUGCAGCAGCAGCUGAGUGAAGUGGAAGCUGAGCGCUCCGGCCAAUACGAAGAUCUGGAGAUCUGUCACCCGGUUAGAAUGCACGCACCCUGGCUAAGUACGCACAAGGGCCGCGAGUGGACUAAGUAUGCUGCGGACGCAUUUGAACAGCUUGGAACGCCGCCAGAGGACUCCAUCGUGCACCCAGUCACACCGGAAGGAGGGAGGUUCUCUUGCGACAUGGCCUCAAGGCUGCAGGCAGAUCAACCGAUGACAGCAAGGUCCUUGUCACGUGCUGCAAUGAUGACACCAGCGGGCAAAGCAUCGUCAACCUUGAACAGGUCACAUCAUUCCAGGCUUCCUGCUAAUGGCAAGACACUGCUGCACCGGUACAUCUCAUCUUGGACGGAAACUGAGCAAGAACAGGCGAUCUACCUGAUAUUGACACAGCUGGAUGCACGCGAGCUCUUCUACAUUGUCUUUUCCAUUGUUCCGUACACAUACUGUGAUUUCGUUUCUCUGCUGCCAAGUCACCUAGCCGUGUGCAUCCUGCAGUACCUCACACCGGAUGAGCUGCGCAUUGCCAGCCAGGUAUGCAAGCGCUGGCACCGUGUAGCGUUCUCUACCGACGUGUGGUGGUUCAAAUACAAGGAAUUGUCCAGACAAACAGGUGUGAGUGUUCAGUUCCAGCAGCAGCACCGUGAUCCAAACUGGCUGAACCUGGCAAUGCGUAUUGAGCGUGUAGUGCACCAUUGGAACAAGCCUCUCAUCCAGUAUACUAGAAUGAAGGUGCAUCGCAGCAGAAUUCUUGGCUUCAAUGUGGACGAAGAGCGUAACCUGUUGGCAACAGCCUGCCAUGAUGGCUCAGUGGCGGUGUUGGACAUCAGCAGCUGCUUCAAGUGGACAGUCUUGCAUCGGUUUGUGCCGGAUAAGCAUACCAACUGCUGGUGUGUGGCACUGUUUGGGAUGCAGGUUGUCAUUGGUGGCUACUCGGACGGCUGUCUACGAUACUGGAGCUGGACAACCAAGACUAUAGCAAAAACUGUCAAGGUGCAUCGCGCAGGAACAAUCUACUGCAUGCAGAUCAAGGCAGAGCGGAUGAUCAUCGGCUGCAAGAAUCACCAUGCGUACGUAUUUGAUGUGCGCUGCCCCAACCUGCCACGGUGUGUACUGAGAGGUCACAAGGGUGAAGUAUAUGCAGUGCAGCUGAGCAACAAGGCUACCCGCGCGUACACAGGCAGCAGAGACUCGAGUGUGCGUGAAUGGCAGGUUUCCUCCGGCGAUUGCCUGCGAGCGCUGAACUUUGAGCGUCCUGUUCUCGGCUUGUCACUUCACAAGGGUAUUCUAAGUGUGUGCUCUUCCAGUGAUGCUGUUCUGCUGGACUGCACUGCAAAGACCUGGAAGCCAUCAAAGCCAUUUCAAGGUCACAUUCGAAGGAUCGAAGAUGUGUCGUACAUUCGCGGGCCCCACCCACGCGGUCACAGCUUGCUGGUGACGUCGGGAAAAGACUCCAUGGUUUUCAUCCAUGAUGCUUCAAGGCCAGGCCAGCCACCUAUCAAGCAGUUGUUCACACACCACUUUGCCAGCGUUGUGUCAGUGCACGCUACCACCACGGCCAUCUUUGCCCUGGCCGGUAGCCGGGUUUACAUGUGGAGGUUCGAUGGUCCAGCUGCGUUUAGCUAUGAGUGAGCAGUCGGAGCAGUAAGAGCAGUCUUGGUGUGUACAGCCCAGAUUGAAGCACCUGCUGUUUACAUUCCUUGACGUCGUUGGCUACUUUAUUUCCCAGGAGAGGAUUUUGUGAAGGAUCUUGGAAACUUGAUUUUUUACUUCAUAGCCGUAUUAGAAAAGCUAUAAUGUUACACACGACUCAUGUGUGUAAAUGUAAAUAUUCUUGAAGUAGCCUUGGAUGAUCGGGACACCAAUCAACCUAAUAAUAACACUAUUACACAAGUUAGCAAUGGAACAAAGCUGAAUUCUGUUCGGUUACUCAUGGUUGUUCACCAAUCUUCAGACAACAAUGAUGAUUUAAAAAUGGCGGCAAGGUGAUAAUAACUGCUGGCCCUGAAACUAACGCAUGCACGCACACAGUUGUUUAAACUAACGCAUACACGCACACAGUUGCUUCACCCUGCUUCGCAGUACUACCAACCCAACACCCAAAGUAUAGCACCCAACCACAACUGAA